AUCAAUCUAUUUAACACAAGGGGGAAAAAACAAUCCCGGAGGAAGUCUUACAAGAUGGCGACCGCCUGUAUGGUGAUACCCUCCAUCACUCCAAAGUCAGAGAAGGAAGAGAGCAAGACAAGUGUUCAAGGACUGGUUGAAAGUCCAGAAUUGUACAUCAAGCAUCCGUUACAGAACAGGUGGGCCCUUUGGUUUUUCAAGAAUGAUAAGAGCAAAUCUUGGCAAGCCAAUCUCCGCCUCAUCUCGACAUUUGACACGGUGGAGGACUUCUGGGCGUUGUAUAACCAUAUUCAGCUGUCCAGUAACUUGAUGUCUGGCUGUGACUAUUCACUCUUUAAGGAUGGGAUUGAGCCCAUGUGGGAGGACAGACGGAACCGGCGAGGCGGCCGCUGGCUCAUCACGCUGUCCAAGCAGCAGCGCAAAGCCGACCUGGAUCGCUUCUGGUUGGAGACGGUAUGUUUUGCUGCCAUGAUAAGUGCCCGUAGUGUCCUCCCCAGCGGUCCCUCAUGCGAGGAUGUCCCUGUGCCGCAGCUCCUUUGUCUGGUGGGGGAAGCGUUUGACGACCACAGCGACGACGUGUGCGGCGCUGUCAUCAACGUACGAGCCAAAGGGGACAAGAUUGCCAUCUGGACCACAGACUAUGAAAACAAGGAGGCCAUCACGCACAUAGGGCGUGUGUACAAAGAGCGGCUCGGCGUCCCUUCCAAAGUGGUCAUCGGCUACCAGUCGCACGCUGACACGGCCACAAAGAGCGGCUCCACCACCAAGAACAAGUUUGUCGCCUGAUGACGUCAACGUUCCAUCUUUUUGCCCACCUUUUUUCCCCCCACAUCAAUGUUGACUAACAAGGUCGUGGACACCCGAUUGCUUCGUGUUUGUGUAUUUAAGUUCCUGGACUUACAAUACAGUGAAAUGGCUGCAUUCUCCAUUGAGAACUACGGUAUGCGUUUUAUUUUUUUUAUUUUUUCAAGAGUAUAUUCUUUGUUAGUUUCCGGGAAACCCUUUUCGUCAAGUCGUUUGUACAAAGUGUGAAUAGUUUAAAAAAAAAAAAAAAAAAAAAAAAAGACCUAUUUUUGAAGAAACUAAGUACAUGUUGUUUUGUGAAAUAUUUAAGGUCUUUGACAACGAGAGAUUAAAGAGGUUAUUAAUGGUAUUUGUUACCUCAGAUGUGCUGAUUUAAUUGAGGGCUAGCGUUGAGGAAGCCAAGGUUGAUUUUGUUAAACGUUCUGCCUUUGUGUUUGGUUCAGGUCAACUUCAUGUAAUUUCUAUUUCAGAUUUGGGUAUUAGUGCUGCUACUGGUGUCCCUGAACAGUAAAUGUGCACACGAGAGAUUCCAAUAAAAGCAAAAAGUGGAGUGUUCUUCUUUCGACAAGCCUGUAAGUAGAGUCAACAGACAUCGUUGUAAUGGCCAAAUUCUCAUCCUUGCUAUGCUUUGCAUAAUGUUGUGUUGUUUAAACCCCUCCUGUUAUGUUUGUUUAUCAGUAAUGGCAAUAAUCUUCUGGAGUCAAUAUGACCGGGGGCACGUUUGAAUUAACCAAAGUAACCUGAAGCUAGAGCUGUGUGAUAUAAUGUUUUAUAUCGUAAUGGCCUAUUUAUCCACGAUAUAUAACGUCUGUUGAACGAUUUAAGGGUAUGUAGAUCGGGGUUUUGUUUAUCCACACACUUGUUUUACAUGGUGCAUUUAUUGUUCAGACUGACAAAUCAGAACAACAAGCCUUCAGAACAAGCUGACGACCUUGUGUUCCUAAAACGCAACCUCUUAAACCAUUUAUUUGCACUUGUGCUGGAUGAAUGGUAGGCAUACUUUAAUGUUACUUGAAGUACUAUGUUUUAUUUAUUUUAAUUCUUUGCACUUUACUGAAUUCGUUGAAGUGGUUAUACUACCAGAUAUUUUCAGUGGUGUUUAUCUGGCUACUGGUUUAAUUUUAUUUUUAUUCCUCUUUUUUUUUCU